GUUUGUUCAUCUAUCAAAGCAAACGACGGUAUAAAAUCGGAAAUUUACUCAAAAAGGGAAAAAUGGUUUUUGAAUCCUCUCUCGUUAAACAAAUCACACUAAACCUGUUCCAACCGCUCCAAUACUUCAGCAGCAGUGACUUCUUCUUCGUCAUCUUCGUUUACCUCGGAUUCAUUUAAAAUCUCCGAGAAGGAUUCCCGCUCCUCGCUUUCCGCCAUCUUUGAUUUUUUUCCCGCGCUUAAAAAUUAACGAAUGACGUAAUUUUCAGGGGGGGGAGAACCGUCGAAAAAAGAUCAAUAAAAAAAAACAAGAACACAGCACAGGGUUUAAAACUUUUUAAAAUUGUACAAUUCUAAAUCAGAAAAGAAAAAUAUAAACACAUCCUUUCCACACGAUGACUGUUGAAGACAAGGCUAGUGGUUUUAAAGUAAUAUGUGACGAUAUAUUGAAAUCAGAAGGAGAUGAUAGACUGUAUCGUGGAUUGGUGCUGAAAAAUGAAAUGAAGAUACUCGUAGUUAGUGAUCCAAAGACGGAAAAGGCUGCUGCCUCGAUGGAUGUUCAUAUAGGGAGUUUGUCAGAUCCAGAUGACAUUCCUGGCUUGGCACAUUUCUGUGAGCAUAUGGCAUUCCUUGGAACAAAAAAGUUCCCAGAAGAGAAUAAGUUCACCCAGUUCCUUAGUGAGAACAGCGGCUCAUCCAAUGCAUUCACCUCCAAUGAACAUACAAAUUUCUAUUUUGAUGUGAAGCAGGAUUGUCUGGAAGGAGCUCUAGAAAUAUUUGCAGAGUUUUUCAUAAGUCCUUUAUUUGAUGAAAAUGCAAAAGAUAGGGAAGUCAAUGCAGUCAAUUCAGAAAAUGACAAAAACCUGAAACAUGAUUCUUGGCGCCUGGAGCAAUUAAAUAGAUCAACUGUGGAUCCAUCCCAUCCGUUUAAAAAGUUUGGUACUGGAAAUAAAACAACUCUAGAAACAAGACCUCGGGAACUUGGAAUUGAUGUUCAAAAAGCACUGUUAGAAUUUCACGAAAAAUAUUAUUCAGCAAAUAUGAUGUCAUUGACUGUCAUUGGUCAAGAAUCACUGAAUGAAUUAAUGGACUUGGUUUUUCGUCUAUUUAAUCCCGUUAUAAACUGUAACGUAAAUAUUCCGAUAUUUGAAUAUCAUCCUUAUAAAAAGGAUCAAUUGCAGGUUCGUUUCGAGGUAGUUCCUGUAAUGGAUACAAGAAAACUAAGGCUUGUGUUUCCAUUUCCGGACAUAACGUCUCGUUACAGAGCAAAGCCAGAUCAAUAUCUAUCUCAUCUUAUCGGCCACGAGGCUGAUGGUAGUCUGUUGUCUUUCAUAAAGGAACAAGGAUGGGGGAACACACUCGGUGCUGGAACUAUGGAAGGGGCCAAAGGAUUCAUGUUCUUCAUUUGUAAUAUCGAACUCACUGAAAGUGGACUGGAUCACGUUGAUGAUAUCAUUGCUAGUUUUUUUCAAUACGUAAAAAUGCUUCGUGAAGUUGGACCUAAAGAUUGGAUUUUUCAGGAAGUUCAGGCCUUAGCUACGAUGCAUUUUCGUUUUAAAGACAAGGAAAAACCAGUACAGCUUGUAACAAGGGUUUCGAAAUAUUUACAUCAAUUUGAUAUGAAAGAUGUCUUGUCGGGAGCCUAUCUACUUUCUGAGAUCGAUAAAGAAACGGUUACAGAACUUUUGGCGUUACUUGUGCCUGAAAAAAUACGUGUUUUCGUUAUGGCGAAGAAAUUUGAGAAGACUGCUGACGAGAUCGAGGAAUGGUAUGGCACAAAAUAUAGCGUCAAGAAAAUACCAAAUGAUGCCAUUGAGAAAUGGUGUAAUGUGGAGUUGAAUGAAUCAUUCAGAUUACCAAAACCCAACGAGUUUAUUGCUACAAAUUUUGAUAUAAAACCGAGAAACGUUGAGGGAAAGGAUGUGCCUGAAAUUAUCAAGAACUGUCCUUUCAUGAAAGUAUGGUUUAAACAAGACGACACCUUCUUUGUUCCAAAAUCUUGCGCUUACUUUCAAAUAACGAGCCCUUUAGCAUACCGUGAUCCAAUGCACUGUAAUAUGAACAGACUCUUUGUCAUGUUGCUAAAAGACUCGCUCACGGAGUACGCAUAUGAUGCUGAGUUAGCUGGUAUGGAGUAUCGCCUUGACGUCAGCAUAUAUGGGAUAAAUUUAUCCGUGUCUGGUUAUAAUGACAAACAAGAUACGUUCAUGCUGAAAAUCCUUCAGAGGAUGACCAGCUUUGAAGUGGAUUCGCAAAGAUUUGAAAUACUUAAAGAAAAGUCGGAACGCAGUUUAAGGAAUUUCCGGGCACAGCAACCCCACCACCACGCUGUUUAUUACACUUCAUAUAUACUGGAAGAACUAGCUUGGUCCAAUGAUGAAAUGCUUGAUGCAAUAGCUGAUAUCAACGAGGAAGUAUUCAAGAAAUUUAUAGUGGAAUUACUGAAACGUGUUCACAUCGAGGUUUUACUUCAUGGGAAUUUAACAAAAGAGGAGGCUUUGGAUAUCGCGAGUAAAGUGGAAAAUGUUUUUAAACAAAAUUCCUCCAGCAGGCCGUUGCUGCCCUCGCAGCUCACAAAACACCGGGAGGUGCAGUUACCCGAUGGAUCAAAUCUGCUCUACGAAGUGGAAAAUGAAGUGCAUAAAAGCUGCUGUUUAGAAAUAUAUUAUCAGUGUGAACUCCAGGCUUUAGAAGGCAAUAUGCUGCUCGAAUUAUUCAGCAAGAUUAUAUCAGAGUCUUGUUUUGAUAUAUUGAGAACUAAGGAGCAACUAGGUUAUAUCGUCGUUAGUGGCGUUCGUAGAGCCAAUGGUGUGCAAGGUUUAAGAUUCAUAAUCCAGUCAGACAAGGCCCCAACGUAUUUGGAUAAAAGAGUGGAGAAUUUCCUGAUCAUAAUGCAGGAAAAGUUAGCGACGAUGGAAGAUGAGGAAUUUGAAAAAUAUAAGGAAUCUUUGGCAGUUCAACGUUUAGAGAAACCCAAAAAACUUUCCGCAGAGUGCGGUAGAUACUGGGCAGAGAUUACGUCGCAACAGUAUAACUUUGAAAGAGACUCAACUGAGGUCGCCUACCUGCGCACGAUAACUAAACAGCAAAUACUGGAGUUUUACGAGAAAUUGAUCGCACACUCAGCCCAAAGGAGGCACAAAUUAUCUGUCCACGUUUUACCACAGAAUGGCGAAAUGUCUGCAGUUGAAGCAACUCAGGCGGAUGUCUUGGAGAGCACACCAGAGCAGAAUGAAAAAGAUGCUUCGACCACUGACAAUCUUAUAACGAAUCUUUUGCCAAUGACAAAGAUUCUUGAUGUUGCAAGCUUCAAAAGCGGUUUACCUUUGUUUCCUCGACUCAGGGCUAUGACUUUGAUGCAGGAACCAAGUAAAUCAAAGUUAUAACAAUGCAAUCCACUAUGCUGACAACUAUGUACAGAUAUUUAUUUUCCAAUGAAAACGUUUUCUGUGAUCUAUAGAUGUACAUACAGUAUAUAUUGAUUCCUUCACAAAACUAGAUAGUAAAUACAAUUUUGGGUAAAUGAUUGAGAAUUAAACCAAAUCUCAAAUAGAGGGCAACUCUGCAGAUGUGCAGAACAAG